UCAACAUCUCGCUGUCUGUCACUACCAACCAUUUCCUGGUGUCCGCCUUGUUCCCGCCUCACCGCCUCAUCCACCAAUCACAGCGCAGCAGAGGAGUUAGACCUGUGAGGGCACCGUUAACCCUGAGUCAUGACUGGUUGACACUGGGCGGCGCCAUGCUGGGAGUUACAUGAGGUCGCCCAAGUGAAUGUACCAAUAACAGUGAUGAAGGUAACUUGCCCCACCUUAUCAGGUGCAAAAUGAGAGAGAGGGAGGUGUUAUAAAACAGUCUGCAAACGCCCAAACUGUGGUUUAAGACGAGGUCAAAAGUUUCUCUUCAGGGGCCGGACCAGCGCAGACUGUACAAGAACCUGAUGAGGGACUACAACCCACUGGUGAGACCUGUCUCCAACGACUCUCAGACUCUCACCGUUCACUUCGGCCUCACCCUCAUGCAGAUCAUGGACGUGGAUGAGAAGAACCAGGUUUUGACAACCAACCUUUGGCUACAACUGUACUGGGAUGAUCAUUACCUCCGGUGGAAUACAGCAGACUAUCCAGGUGUGGCCAAUGUGAGAUUUCCUGACCAUCUCAUUUGGAAGCCAGACAUUCUGCUGUAUAACAGUGCUGAUGAACGAUUUGAUGCUACUUUCCACACCAACAUUUUGAUCAACAACUCUGGCACCUGUUCCUACUUACCUCCAGGGAUCUUCAAGAGCACCUGCCACAUCGAUGUGCGCUGGUUCCCCUUCGAUGUCCAGAGAUGUGACCUGAAGUUCGGCUCCUGGUCGUACGAUGGCUGGUCUCUGGACUUGAAGAUGUUGGAGGCGGACAUCACCAGCUACAUCCCCAACGGAGAGUGGGAUCUUGUCGAGGUUCCCGGACGGAAGAACGAGCGUUUCUACGACUGCUGCGAGGAGCCGUACCCUGACGUUACCUUCACCGUGGUGAUGAGGAGACGGACCCUCUACUACGGCCUCAACUUGCUCAUCCCGUGUGUCCUGAUCUCCACUCUGGCCCUGCUCGUCUUCCUCCUGCCUGCUGACUCUGGAGAGAAGAUCUCACUGGGCAUUACGGUCCUGCUCUCCCUGACUGUCUUCAUGCUGCUGGUUGCAGAGAUUAUGCCCGCCACAUCGGACUCUGUGCCUUUAAUAGCUGAGUACUUUGCCACCACCAUGGUCAUUGUUGGUCUCUCAGUAAUCGCUACAGUUGUGGUCUUACAAUAUCACCAUCAUGACCCUGAUGGAAGCAAGAUGCCGAAAUGGACCCGAGUGAUCCUGCUGAACUGGUGCGCCUGGUUCCUGCGUAUGAAGCGCCCAGGUGAGGAGCGGGUGCGUCCAGCCUGUCACAACAAGGCUUCACGGAACAGCCUGACCAGCAUGGAACUCAGUGCUAGCGCCUCAGCCCCACAAUCCACCAACGGCAACGUGCUUUAUGUUGGCGUCCGAGGCCUGGAGAGCAUCCACUACUCCACAGCCGCCACGUCGUCUGACUCCGGGGUCCGGCUGGUUGGACGAGCAGGUGAGGAAGAGAUGCUCCUCCCCGCAGGUCACAUCUCCUCAGCAGGCGGCGUGGAACCGGGGCUGGCCAAGAUCCUGGACGAGGUGCGCUAUAUUGCCAAACGCUUCCGUAACCAAGACGAGGACGAGUCAGUGUGCAACGAGUGGAAAUUUGCUGCGUCUGUUAUCGACAGGCUUUGUCUCAUGGCUUUCUCACUCUUCACUAUCCUCUGCACCAUUGGGAUCCUCAUGUCAGCACCCAACUUUGUAGAGGCCAUUUCCAAAGACUUUUUCACUUAAAGGGGACAUAUCAUGCUCAUUUCCCAACCCGGUCUCAGUCCAAACUCGUCAAAUACCACUGAUUGGAUAGCGCCCCUCGACAUCGGAAACCAACGCAUAGAGGCACCCUUUAACGACAGUAUGUGACGAACCGGGCUUUCAACUAACUCCAGUGUAAACCCACCCAUGCCGUUAUUCGACGGUUGGAGAAAGUGAUGUAGUAUUAAUAGCGUGAGAGUCAGCUAAGGGGAGGGGUGAUGGAUGGGUCAAACAAACAAGACUUUCAACCAGGAGACCGCUGAUCGUGUGAAACUAAAAGUAACGUUGACUUAUUCUGUCACGUCAGCCGUUAGUGACGUGACUCAUUGGUGUCAUCAGUCCUGUUAGUCGGUAGUCAGUGAUGUUUAAGUCAAUCAGGAUCAUUUCCUAACCCUACCUAAGUGGUUGUGUUGCCUAAACCUAACUUCCUGUGAAAACGGAAGUUUAUUUUGAAAGGACACUGUGCAUGUAAAGAGCGUAUAUUGACACGCCGUCCCUGACACAUCCAAAAGUAACGCAAGAGGGGUGCUCCGUGCAUCAGUCACCAAGCGGCGGUAUGAGACGAGUUGGGAGUGAGAGUGUGCUGCAUUUUCAGGUUCAUACUUGUAUUCGGGGUUUCUACUAGAACAAGUUUACAUGCUUGAUGUUCAAAAAACACAUGAUUUUUCUCAUACUGUCUGCCUG